CGUCCUGGGAGAUUAGAUUAUCUUUUUCUGACUUGGGAGUGAAGUAGUCAAAGCGCCCACACAGUGAUGAAGACGACGACGACCAAGAAAUUGAGGGUCCGGAAACUUAAUUAAACUUGAUGGUACCAGUCAUUGUUGGGUUUUAACAAUUCUUGGACACUGUCAUCUCUGCUUUCUUCGGGGACUGAUUGCAAAAUUAUUUGGAUCAGAUGGGUAAAACAGUUCAGGUGUACGGAUUCCCUUCUACGGUUUCUGCGGACUCAGUUAAAGGAUUUCUGGAAUUACGUACAGGCGAAGGAACUGUCAUUGCUAUUAAAAUUCGGCACAGUAAAAAGGGAGGUUCCAGAGUUUAUGCUAUUGUCCAAUUCACCACCACCAAAGAUGCUGAGCAUAUUAUUUCGCUUGCUGCCAGUCGCCUGUGGUAUGGGAAUUCAUAUCUGAAGGCUCGAUUCAUGGAUCUUGAUAUCAUACCAAAGCCAAGGACGUUUUUGCACAGUAUGGAAAACAUAAGGCUGAUAUUUGGCUGUCAGAUUUCAAAAGAAAGGUUUGCAGUUCUGUGGGAGCGGAUGAAUGUUUCUGUGAAGUUUGGGACUGGUAUGAGAAGAUUACAGUUUUUCCUGUCUUUUCGUCAGAAGCAGUACAAAUUUGAUCUUUGGUAUGAGAACAUUUGGCAGAUUGAGCUACGUUGUCCUCGAGGUCAAAAUGCAAAGCAUCUUCUAAUUCAGCUAUAUGGGGCUCCUCGGAUUUAUGAAAAAGAUAUACGCUCUUCAGGCAACAUACUUGAAGAUCCUCUUUUCAACUUUUUCAAGGAUGCCCCUGAUGACCAAUGGAUCAGGGCAACUGAUUUCACUCCGUCAUGCUCUAUUGGGCAGUCAUCUGCAUUAUGUUUGGAGCUUCCUCAUGGUAUCAAGCUUCCAAAUUUUCAGGAGAACUUUCCAUAUUACAGAAGAACUGAAGGAAAUUUUACUCUGUUUGCUGACAUUGGUUUUUCUUCUAGUCUGGAUCUUGUACCCAUUGUAAGUCCUCCUGGUGGCAUUGACUUGCCAUACACGAUCGUAUUUAUGGUUAAUAGGUUAGUUCAACAUGGGUGCCUUCCUGGGUCAAGACUUGAUACGAGUUUCUACCGGCUGGUUGAUCCACGCAGAAUAAACAUUCUCUUCAUAGAGCAUGCUCUUGAGAAACUGUUUAACUUGAAAGAAUGUAACUACGAACCCUCCAACUGGCUCUCUGAGGAGUAUAAGAAAUACCUCAGAUCCACGCGUCCUCCCAUAUCACCUGCUAUAUCGUUGGAUACUGGUUUGGUAUAUGUACGAAGGGUUCAAAUAACUCCUUGUAAAGUGUAUUUCUGUGGGCCAGAAGUCAAUGUCUCAAAUCGAGUGCUACGCAAUUACCCUAAAGAUAUUGAUAAUUUUCUUCGUAUUUCUUUUGUUGAUGAAGAACUGGAAAAAAUUUAUUCGACAGAUUUGUCCCCACGUACAUCUUCUGGAAAUGAGGAUAGGAGAACUGGGAUUUACAGAAGGAUACUUUCCACUCUUCAGAAUGGUCUGGUUAUUGGUGAUAAAAAGUUUGAAUUUCUUGCCUUUUCAUCAAGUCAAUUGCGGGAAAAUUCUGCAUGGAUGUUUGCUUCUAGAUAUGGGUUAACUGCUGCAGAUAUAAGAACUUGGAUGGGUGAUUUUCGUCAAAUAAAAAAUGUGGCUAAAUAUGCUGCAAGAUUGGGCCAAUCAUUCAGCUCAUCAACUGAAACCCUUAGUGUUGGCGGGCAUGAAAUUGAAAAAAUUCCUGACGUAGAGGUUAAAAGGGGUGGUCAUACAUAUGUCUUUUCUGAUGGAAUUGGGAAAAUGUCUGCUGAAUUUGCUAGGAAAGUGGCCAAAAAAUGCGGCCAUAAAGCUUUUGUUCCGUCCGCUCUUCAGAUUCGAUAUGGUGGAUACAAGGGUGUUGUAGCUGUUGAUCCAACAUCAUCGAAGAAACUUUCGCUGAGAAAGAGCAUGUUGAAAUAUGAAUCGACAAACACGAAACUGGAUGUUCUGGCAUAUAGCAAGUAUCAACCUUGUUUUCUGAAUCGUCAAUUGAUCACCCUUCUCUCUACUCUUGGUGUUCCGGAUGCUGUGUUUGAGAGAAAACAAAGAGAAGCUGUAGCUCAACUGGAUGCUAUCCUAACAGAUCCAUUAAGUGCAAUGGAGGCGCUGGAGUUGAUGCAUCCAGGAGAGACCACAAACAUUCUUAAGGAAAUGCUUCGAUGUGGUUAUAAGCCUGAUAGUGAGCCAUUCCUUUCCAUGAUGCUUCAAACAUUCCGAGCAUCAAAGUUGUUGGAUUUGCGGAUUAAAACAAGGAUAUUUGUUCAAAAUGGAAGAUCUAUGAUGGGUUGUCUGGAUGAAACCAGAACCUUGGAAUAUGGCCAGGUGUUUGUACAAUUUUCUGGUGCUAACCGUGGGCAGUUACACAGCGGUUCCCACAUGUCUGGUGGUAACAGACAGGAGCAGCGUUGUAUUGUUCAGCGUAAUGUGUUUGUUGCUAAAAAUCCAUGUUUGCAUCCAGGUGAUGUACGUGUUCUAAGGGCUGUGGAUGUACCACCUUUGCACCAUAUGGUUGAUUGUGUUGUUUUUCCACAGAAAGGAUCGAGACCUCACCCAAAUGAAUGUUCGGGAAGUGAUUUAGAUGGAGAUGUCUACUUUGUCUGUUGGGAUCGUGAAUUAAUUCCACCUCAGCAAAUUCCACCCAUGGAUUAUACCCCCGAACCUUGCAAGCAGUUGGAUCAUGAUGUUACGAUUGAGGAAGUAGAGGAGUAUUUCACCAACUACAUAGUCAAUGACAGCUUGGGAAUUAUUGCAAAUGCCCACACAGUCUUUGCUGAUAAAGAGCACUUGAAAGCAAUGAGUGAACCUUGUCUAGAGCUUGCACAGAAGUUUUCAAUUGCAGUUGACUUCCCAAAAACUGGUGUACCGGCAGAAAUUCCUUCUCAUCUACAUGUCAAAGAAUACCCAGAUUUCAUGGAAAAGCCUGACAAACCCACCUACGAAUCACCCAAUGUAAUUGGGAAGCUUUUCCGAGAAGUGAAAGACAUUGCACCGAAUACAAGUUCCAUCAGAUCCUUCACUCUUGAAGUGGCUAGGAAGUCUUAUGACCCUGACAUGGAAGUUGAUGGCUUUGAAGAUUACAUUGAUGAUGCUUUUUACCACAAAAGCAAUUAUGACUACGUGUUGGGAAAUCAUAUGGACUAUUAUGGGAUAAGGACUGAAGCUGAAAUACUUGGAGGCAAUAUAAUGCAAAUGUCAAAAUCUUUCACCAAGAGAAGGGAUGCAGAAGCAAUUGGUAUGGCUGUUAGGUCGUUGAGAAAAGAGGCUCGGUCCUGGUUCAAUGAGAGUGGAAGUGGCGUAGAUUCUGAUGCUGAUGAUGAUGUAUAUGCAAAAGCCUCAGCUUGGUACUAUGUCACCUAUCACCCUAGUUAUUGGGGUACCUAUAAUGAGGGAAUGGAGCGAGAUCAUUUUCUCAGCUUCGCAUGGUGUAUUUACGACAAACUGAUCCAGAUCAAGAAGCGAAAACUCGCAAGUAGAAGGGCUUCACGUCUGUCAUAUUAUGAGCAAGAUGACUUUUCGAAUGGCUUAGACGACGAGUUUAAUCAUGGACUAAGUUUGAGCUGAGAGGACAAAAGGGAAAUGCUUGAAGUUUAGGUGCUAGAGUACUACUAGAACUUUGUGUGUGUGUGUUCAUAGCUGCUCUGUUACUAUUAGAACUUUGUGUGUUGAUAGCUGAUCUGGAGGACUGAAUUUGCAUCUUGCUAUUGUGAGAGGUUUCUUGCCAUGGCAGGAUUGAUGGAUUAUAACUAUGUUAAUAGAGUUCAAUGCAGAUGAAUGGUGCUUUAAGUGAGCUACUGUAACUCUUUUUCUUACAUGCGAAUUCGUGAUCAUUGUCUU